AUGGGUGCGGGCGGUGCGGCGGUGGUGGCCGCGGGGCUGUGCUUCCUAUGGGUGCUGCUGGUCGUGACGGCAAAGCCGGUGGAGAUGGCGCCCCUACGAUGCCUGCUCUCGCACUACCGCUCCCUGGAUCCCAAGGUGCUGAAGGCCACCCAGGAGCUGAGAAACAGCUACGAGGAAGAGACGCUGGGCUGGAGACACCGCACCUGCUCCCUCCGAGUGAGGCGGGAUCCGCCGAGGCCGUCGUCGUGCGCCCGACUCCGACACGUGGCCCGCGGCCUCGCUGACGCCCAGGCCGUGCUGAGUAGCCUGCACCGGCUCGAGCGCUUCCCUGGCGUCGGCCCGACACUGGAGCUGCUGGUGGCGGCGAGGAGAGACGUGGCGGCCUGCGUCGAGCUGGUGCGACCACGCUCCUCUAGGAAGUCCUCCCGAGCGACGCGGAGGCGAGCCCAGACGCGCAGGGCGGACCCUCCUCGCUGCCACGAGGCCGCUGUCGUGUUCAACCUGCUGCGGCUGCUCACCUGGGACCUCAGGCUGGUGGCGCAAACGGGCGGUGCGUGUGAGCGGCGCUGGCGCCGCCGCGAGAGGGACUUGGUGUUCUGGGUCAUGGAGGCCUCUCAUGCCCAGUGGCUGUUGGCGGUACUGAGUGCCACCAAACAGAGCCUCGCAGAGCCCGGACAGCCUGCAGUGGCUCUGACCUUGGCCUAG